CCAAGCCCUGGGAGGACCCAAAAAUUGAGGCAUCCCUGCUUCAAGCUCUCCCUGGAUUCUAACCCCCACCAUUCAUCUUCUCUUUUCGAGGUAGCUGGGCUUUGCAGCCACCCAAAACCCUGCAAAGCUGCAUGAUGCUCUCUACCGCGGCUUUCCAGAUGUUUUCGCCUAAAACUCCCAUAGUCCCUUCCUACCAAGGUCUGGCCGGGGCAUCUGGGAGGUACAAGGCCUAGAGAUCUCAGGGAAUCUGGCCUCAAAAGUCCCCCUCUGCUAGGCUUGGGAGCCUGGAAACCUGCAAAGAGGAGGCUGGCGCUUUCUGUGCGCUUGGAGACAUUUGUCGCUCAGCCAGAGGCUCCACCUUCAAAGGUUCCCCAAAGGAGAAAGCAAGCUAUUCCUAUCCUAAAAUCCCCCCUAAAGGCGAAAGCAACCGAUUCCCCCCCCCUUCCCCUCCAAAGGGGUCAGCCUAGCCCCCAGGAUCUUUCCUCAAAAGAGACCCACUUCUUCAGGGGGGACCCUGACUGUGCGCCUUUGGGCAUCUCCAACCGCGCGCCCUAGGCGCACCAAGGUGGCUUUCCAAAGAGAGCUUUUUUGGGGGAAAGGAAGACUUCCCUCGCCUUCUUGAUUUCGGAUUGGAAGAGGAGAAAGCCCUGGCUGUCCAGGGAAAGGAGGAAAAGAAAAUCCAGCAUCCAGAAGAGGAAGAAGCAGUUGUUUCUAAACUGGCACUGUGCGCCUUGGUGCGCUUUUGGAGAGCCAAGGGACUCCAGGAUGUUGGAGGCCAUUGAAGCUGGGUGUUGCUCCCCAAGGCAAAUAGAUGGCUGAGAAGACCUUAAAAGAAUGCAGGUGCUACCUCGCCUCUUCUUCAUCCUGGUUGUGCUCUCUGCCAUCUCCCUCCUUUACAUCUUGUUCUGCCCCCGCUCCUGUGUGCUGUUGUGUUGGCUCAGCUGCCAACAUCUGGAAGAACAGGAGAGGCACUUGCCAGUGGCGUCCGCAGCUGCCCAAUUUGAGGGUUUCAUCAGCGUACCAGAGGGGAAGCCGUUGGCCCGUACGCCAUGUCGCCACUGUGCCGUGGUGUCCAGCUCGGGGCAGAUGUUGGGUUCCCAUUCAGGAAAGGAGAUUGAUGAGAAGGAGUGUGUCCUGCGCAUGAACCAGGCCCCUACGCAGGGCUACGAGGAGGAUGUGGGCGGCCGGAGCACCAUCCGGGUGGUCUCCCACACCAGCAUCCCUCUCCUCCUGCGGAACCAGUCCUACUUCUUCAAGCAGUCGCGGGACACCGUCUACGUCAUCUGGGGGCCCACCAGGCUGAUGAGCAGGGAGAAGAUUGGCUUGGUCUACAGGACCCUCCUGAAGGUGAAGGAGAUGUACCCAAGCAUCCAUCUCUACACGCUGACCGAGAAGAUGAUGGCCCACUGUGAUGAACUCUUCCAGCUGGAAACCGGGAAGAACAGGAUGAAGUCCGGCUCCUUCCUCAGCACCGGAUGGUUCACCAUGGUUUUGGCCAUGGAGUUGUGCGAACAGAUCUUCGUCUUUGGCAUGGUCAGCGAAAAUUACUGCAGGAACCAAAGCCAACCUGCUGUGCCUUACCACUAUUUUGAGAAGGGCCGGCUGGACGAAUGCAAGAUGUACCUGGCGCACGAACGAGCCCCGCGAGGCGGGCACCGUUUCAUCACUGAAAAGGCAGUCUUUUCUCGCUGGGCAAAGAAAAGGAACAUUGUUUUCACUCAUCCUUCGUGGCCAGACGGGUAAGGUACCACUCGGCACCUGUGGGACGCUUUGCCACUUGAAAAGUCUAACCUUGCACAGGUAGACGGCUGCCUUGCUUGGAAAUACCUCAGGCCCAGAUCGGCAAAAUGUGGAUGCAGGAAUAACUCUUCUGGGCACCUUGGAAAAGCAUCUCUCUGAACUGGACCUUCUUGGUCCGUAGGUCAAUCUAUCCGGACUCUAAAAGGUCGAGACAAUAAAUCCAAGGAGAAAAUAGCAUUAUUUAUUUCCCACGACGACAGAACCUGUCCUGACCAGGGCUGGAUCAUCAAAUAGUCCUAACUUUAAAGACUUUAAAGACUGUGACUGUUUCAACACAAGAACUGGUGCAGUCUAUAAGUUUCCCCUUCCUAAAAUGUUAUUUUCCCCCCAGUUCUCAGGCUUCAGCGACAAUGCUGGUGCCGAAUUACAAAAUGUUAUUAAAAUGCGAGUCAUGUGUGUAUUUUCAGUGGUAGUGCCAAAGAAAUGGGUAUUGAAUGGGACACUGUGGCAUCCUUGGUGUGUAGGGAAAAGAUCAGAUCAGUUUGAGAAUUGUCACAGUGGAGUGAACCAGGGCAUGGCUGUGAGGUUUUGCACAAACCGUGUAACUUGAGUGGGUCUCUUUGUUCUUCAUAUCAUUGCUGUUUUGGUCUCAAAUAUGACCUUCAGAACUAGAGGAGGA